CGUUGGGGUGAAGCCGCAUAAAAGCGUUUCCACAAUGCGGGCGUGAGGUGCUCCGUGUGGUUAACGGAGGGGGAUCCGGGAGGACAGCGGAGGGCCUACCGGGGGCACACCGAGCCUUGCCUGUCGGGCACCGGCCAGGAUAAAAUGUCGAACCGAAAGCACCGGGACAACCAAGAGAUCUGCGCCCGCAAGGUCCGGGAGCUGGCCCAGUCUGGAGUAAACAAACACUGCUUCGAGUGCAACCAACCCGGGGUGACUUACACCGACAUCACGGUGGGCAGCUUCGUGUGCACGUCGUGCUCCGGAAUGCUGAGAGGCCUCAACCCUCCCCACAGAGUCAAGUCUAUCUCCAUGACAACUUUCUCCCAACAGGAAGUGGAAUUCCUGCAAAACCAUGGCAACGAGGUUGGGAGAAGGACCUGGUUAUGUGUGUUUGACCCGAAGGCCGAUGGCUGCUCUGACAUGAAGGACUCUCAGAAGUUCAAAGAGUUCCUUCAGGAUAAAUAUGAGAAGAAAAAAUGGCAUUUUUCCAAAAGUAAGAACCGGCGGGAUGUAGAGGGUCCUUGGAGUCCCGGGGUCCAGGCUGUACCCCCUUCCCAUGGUCCCUUAGCAAACCAGGGCCCUUCCCAUAAUUUACCACCUAAUGCCAGAUCCACAAGGCCACUGUCUCAGUCCCAGCUGCCUUCGUGGGAUCGAGCUCCUGCCAUCUCGCCUGCCGACAUGCGGACGGACGUGUUCACCGCUCGGCCAUCGCGCUCCCAAAGCUUCAGAGACCCCCCUCUGAAAGAUCCAACCCUGUGUGGGAUUGAGAGACAGCGGCCAGGCUCCCUGUCGUCAGCACUGGGAGCUCAGAGCCACGGCCCCUCAUUCCCUGCCCUUCCACGGCCCUCAGCCAGUAGCUCUUUCAAAAACCACUUCACUUUAGGACGGACGGUGUCGGCCUCGGGGGCCACAGGGCCUUUCAGGGCCUUUCCUAAGUCGCUCAGCGUGGACUUCGGAGGUCUGAACCAUCCCCAGCCUCAGCCUCUGCCACAGUCUCUGUCCCAGCCACAGCAGCAGCAGCUGCCUGCAAAUGUUGGUCAGACAACACCGCCGGUCAGCAGCUCCAGCUCCCAGGACAGGUACGCUGCUGUGUCACACCUGGACAGCGUCUUCUCUGACACAUCAUCAGCCCCAGCUCCACCUGGUGGCCCUCCGCAGUACAGCACCAUCUUCGGCAGCAGGCUCUCAUCCAGCUCCACUCCUGCCAGUUCCCCCGGUGUCGAUACUGUCUCCAGCUCCCAAACCUUUGCAAAUUUCCCCAACCCAUUCAGUUCCAGCUCCAGCUCGGCUUCCCAGCAGCCUGUUGCCCUCUCCCCCAGUAACCCCUUCAGCAACGCAUCAGGAGGUGACUCCAGUGCGUUCGUCACUUCGCCCACCUCAGUUUUUCCUCCGUCCACCUCCUUCCCAUUGCCUGCCGCUCAGAAUGCAUUUCCUCAUGAGUCAGCCACUAAUCAGGAAGCCAACGGUUUCGCCUCUUUCCCUGCGUCCGACUCUCAGUCCAAAAUCCCUCGACCCAUGUCAGUGAACCCGUUUACGGGGAAUGUUUACCCCAGUCGGGGGACAUCGAAAAAUCCUUUCAUCUGACCCCUCCUUACUUCACCCAACCACCCUUCUCUGGGAACCGAGGGAGGAGUGAACUUGAGGAGUCGCUGCCAUUUCAAUGCCUCUGGAGUAUUUUCACCCUGUCGGGGAGGGUUGGAUGUCCACGCAGACGCCCACUCCUCCCUCCCCGACUCCCCUCCGCUCUCCCCUAUCUGUCUGUGUUUACGUGUUUGUGAAGGAACAAAAAAAUGUGCGAAUGUAAUUAUGAAAUCCGUGUUUGUACGUGCGAGAGUUGUCGGCCUGCUGUGUUCGUACCACGUGACAUGAAGUCAGAAAAAGGUGUUAGUGUGCCAGUAGACGCCACCUCAGGGCUCUGUGGGAGUCACGAGUAAACGACGCCUCUAUGAUUUUCUUUUGCAGAAAUGCACACUUACAUGCACACAUAUUACACACACAUGUUGCUGCUGCUAUUUUGCUUUCAUCUCCUGCUUAGAAAUGCAAAAAAAAAAAAAAAACCCAGCCCCACCGGUAGUAAAUACGUUGUCUCCUGCUUUAAAACUUUUCAAACUCAGUGGUCCAUAGGAGAAGCCAGCAGAGAGCCCAACCCUGCAUCACGAGUUUCUACACAUGGUCUUAACAGCCUUAACAGCCUCCUGAUGCAUGUGAAUUAGCGUUGAAAGAUAAGACAGGCUUGUUUCUAUGGUGUGUGUGUGUGUGUGUGUGUGUGUGUGUGUGUGUGUGUGUGUGUGUGUGAGUGUGAGAUUGUGUGUGUGUGUGUAACAUGUCGGCAUAUGUCACCGUUUUUUUUUUGUUUUUUGUUUUUUUAUUUUUCUUUCCUUGCAAGGAGAAUCUACGUUUUUCCACUCUCAGGCUGCAUGCGCUUAGAGGGCUAAAAGGAGAUGCUACUGAAUGUAAAAGUAAUUUCAGAAUAACUAAAUGUGUAUAAAAACUUCAUGUACCUGACCAAAAUGUUUUCUCGCUUUUUUUUGGAUGAGGCGAAGUUUGAUUCCCUUAUUUUGCCAAAAAACAAAAGAGAAGAGAUUCAUGUAACAACAUCUUUGUAAUGACAAGUAUUCAUGUUCAUAAAAUCAGUUUGUUGCUUCUUA